AGUCCGUUUGGCACUUUCCACGUCGUCUUUAUUGACAAAAGAAAUUAAAGCGAAACACCUAUAUCCUAUGGAUGAUCUGCUGGGUGUCCCACAUAAUCUGGCAUCCGACUUGAAAGUAACUCCUGAGUGUGUCCUUUGUGUGCUUUCCUCGAGACGUUUCGCUGACAUGGGUAAUGGAAUAAAUAAGAUCCUGCCUGAUCUGUAUCUCGGAAACAUCAAAGAUGCCCGAGACAGGGAGCUGUUGGCGCAGCACAACAUCACCCACAUUCUAUCCAUCCAUGACACAGCUGCACCCAUCCUGGAGGACAUGACGUACCUGUGUAUAUCUGCUGCUGACCACUCUAAGCAAAACCUGAUUCAGUUCUUCAGAGACAGCAUCAUGUUUAUCCACGAGUCCCGACUGAAAGGAGAGGGUUGCCUCGUUCACUGUGUGGCAGGAGUGUCCCGCAGUGUGACUCUGGUGGUGGCUUACAUCAUGACGGUGACGGGUCGCGGCUGGGUGGAGUCUCUGGCGGCGGUGAGGGCCGCGCGGCCGUGUGCGGGGCCCAACCUGGGCUUCCUCCGGCAGCUGGAGGAGUUUGAGAACACAGAACUGACAGAAUAUCAGUCCUGGUGGAAGGAACGGUAUGGGAAGAACUCGUUCAACGAUGACGAGGAGAUUGAAAACCUUUUAACUCGGAAAUCCAACAGCGACAGCAGCAGCAAUAGCAUAACAACCAGCAUCACACCUGAGCUGGGCACAAGUGGCACCUGAAAGAAAUGUCUUCUAAGAGUCUCGUCUUUCCUGAAAUCAAGCAGCUGAAGGACUGCUAUUAUUAUCAUUAUUAGAAUUAUUCUCAGCUGUUUUUCUUCAUCGUCAACCCUGCGGAGUAAAGCUACAGCAGGAACCUGUUCUGUAUCCAUAUUACCUUGAGUCUCAUGUUUGCAGAAAGGCUGAGGAGUCAUGUGGUGGUGGUGGUGGGGGGGAUUUUUUUAUGCCAUUAUCUCAGCCCCUCCCUCGUCAUGUCAUGUCCUCGCCUCUAACUGUCAAAAACACAUGCAAGGGCAGUCAAGCGUGACACCAAGGAAAUAUGUACAUACAGUCCACAGUGUGAUCACACAUUUAGCAGCAUUCCCUCCCCCGGUUAGUUAUGUUAUGUUGUGUUGACUUGAAAUAUGAGUAUUACUUUUUGUAGACCGUGUGGAGGCUGAAGAAUACUGUAUCAGUAUCCAGUAAAACAGUAUCAGAAGCAGUA